AUGAAUAGAUCUUACUUAUGCUUACGGGUAAGAACAUAUAUUAGUCCGUAUCGUGGGUCUAUUUGUUACAAAAGGCGAACAUCCCCUUUCCAAAACAUUAACAUAGGUCCUCAGGCAGACAUCGAAAAGGGGGCGAAAAGAGUCUAUUUACCUUUACAAUAUUUCGGAAUGUAUCAUGGCUCUAUCUAUUCAUUAAAAAAAAAAAAAAAAGAGUUCUGCAUCUCGGGUGAACAAAUAGGCGUGGGGAAGAGUGAGAGGGGGGGCUACGAGCCCUCUCUCGUUGUUGUUCCCGGACCACCCAUCUCUUCCUUCCCCUUCGCCCGGCCCGGUGAGAUCAGAUUUCUAGAACGAAGUGAAGUGAUAGGAAGAGAAGACUGCUGGCGGGAAAUCCCUAUUCAUGAAAGCCCCUUGUAA